AUGGCGUCAAAACCCAUCACACUGCAAAUACGCCCACGAGGGAAGCCCAUAAAAUCCCUACCGGAGUCGGUCGACCUGAAACCCGAUGCCUCCGCAGCCGAGUUGUACUCCGAACUUGCACGCAGGACCAAAUACUCGAUUCACCAGCUGCGCGUGACAAAGGGCUCCGAUGGCAGUGUCGUGGUCAACGCCAAGGAUACAUCGAUACAUCAAACCGGUCUACGUGAUCAGAGUACGGUCUAUGUCAAAGAUCUGGGGACACAAGUGGCAUGGCGGACUGUCUUCCUGGUCGAGUAUUUUGGCCCGAUCCUGAUACAUCCAUUGAUGCUGGCCCUCCGACCGUACAUCUACCCAUCCGCCAGUAAAGAGGCAUCUCAACUACAACAGCUGCUGUGUGUGUUGAUAUGCUUGCACUUCGCCAAGCGAGAGCUCGAGACGUUGUUUGUCCACCGCUUCUCGGCCGCUACUAUGCCUAUCCGCAACAUCUUCAAGAACAGUUUCCAUUAUUGGAUUCUCUCUGGUCUCAUGAUUGCAGCUUUCAUCUAUUCCCCUUACUCCGCCGCAGCACAAGACCCGAACCCACUGCUCUUCUACCCUGGAUUGGUCAUCUUCGUACUCGGGGAACUGGGCAAUCUCCAAACACACCUCACGUUGAAAGGACUACGGAGUGCGGGAGGGUCCGAACGGGGAAUCCCACAAGGGUUCUUGUUCAAUCUCGUCACCUGCCCCAACUACAUGACGGAGACCAUCUCUUGGGUUGGGGUUUAUCUUCUGAGCGGCCUGAGCUGGGGAGUGCUCAUCUUUCUCGUCGUCUCCGUCCUCCAGAUGGGGCAAUGGGCAGCAAAAAAGGAGCGAAGAUACCGCAAGGAGUUUGGUGACAAAUACAAGAAGAAGAAAUUCACCAUGCUACCAGGGAUCUGGUAA